AUGGAGUCUCCGACGCGUCCUAUCCUAAGCCCCUCAAAAGCGCUGCAUCCGGUUUCGCCGGAACGCAUGAAUCAACAAGCCAUACCCGGCUCUCCCUCAAUACCUUCCGAUCUCCUCACACUACACCACAAGAGCACCCGAGGUGUUUCGGAAGUUCAAGCCAAAGUGGCGUUUCUAAAUGGUCUAUCUCGAGGAGGCAGCCCUGCCAACUCUGCAGCAAGCAAUGCCGCUCUACAACGGGCUAUCAUGGGCCGCGAGGAAGCUGAAUCCGCCCUAGCCACUGCACAGGAAGAUCUAUCCGAAGCACAGACACGCGAACGCCGGAUCAGUGAACGCCUCGAAUCAUUGCUGGAAGAGCUACACGGGACGAAAGAACGGCAGGGCCACGAACGAUCAAUUUUCGAAAAAGAAAUCCGAAAAGCCCGCAAAGAAGCGUUUCGUGCUGGAUCGACCUUGGUAAAACUUCAAGAAGAAUUGAAGCACGCGAAAUCAGAGGUCAGAGCACUGAAAGACGAAGUGGCAGCAGAACGCGAGUCGAAGGACAAGGCCAAACAGGAGGCAUUCGAACGCGCCUAUGCUCUCGCUGGUCUUACAGAGGAACUUGAAGUUCUGAAAGAGAAAUUUCGUGCCCUUGAAACCGACAACCACUCGAGCACCCUCGAAGUCCGCGCCCAUGAGAUUCGGAAAGAAGACUUUGGGAGACUGUCAAUAGCAGAAGGUGAUCUCGCGUUUUUAGCGACACCGCGGAGACCGAAACGAGCGGCUGCGGGAUCUGUUCUCUCGCCAGCCCCGGCACACGAAGAAGACCAUGCAGAAGCCACUCCUCCCAAACGCCCCCGUUUGUCGGACUGUGCACCAAAGACGGAGAGUGAAGAGCACGCAUCCGAGACGGCUGCUGAACUGGACGAGGAUCUGUUGGAGGGGAUUAAAGAAGAGCUUGACUUCGAGCGUCGUCGCAGAGUCGCAGCCGAAGAGAUGGUGCAUUUCCUGAACAUUGAGUGCCAGUUCGAACGCUGCUCUUGCAGGCUGGCCGAGAGCCAAGGUCGUCGCUACAUCUACGAUGCUGAUUACUAUAACAAAUUCCAAAAGCCUCAGAUUGAGGCGGAAGAGAAAGCUCGUGCUCAGCAAGCCAUCAUUGAGCAAGCUAGCGUGCAACAAAUCCAUCCUCACCCAUCCAGCACCCCUGAGGCCUCCACUCCCAUGGUGAGAUCUCCUCGGCACAGUAUCCACCAGGAAGAACCCGAGCCAAGUCGUACCCCUCUGGCCGCGCCACCUGUUCCUGUCCACCAGCACACCGCCCCUUCCGUGAAGGCCGAACCUAGAGACCUGCCCAAGAUGCAGAUGCCAGCCGAGCCUCUGGUAACAUUUUCUCCCGAGACCGGCACAUUCACGACAUUCCCAUCUCCUCUCCGAGAUAAUGUCAAACCUCCGCGGUUGGAUUUCUUCGACACACCCGAUUUCACUGAGCCUCAACCAGAUGUCCGCACACGUCAUAACGAUGCCUCUGCAUCACCCAACCAACAGGUCGACUCGUUUACCCCCUCUGGGGAACCGGUUUUGACCAGAAUGCCCCAUCCCAUCCCAUCAGAUGGUGUCGCCGAACACUCGCGUGCCCCACUGUCUGUGGAAGCAAGACCAUCAAGACGUGUCGAGAGAGAACCCUUUGGACACCGCCAGCCCAUCAACCCCCCGAAGAGAGUUCCUUCCCGACAAGAGCCACAGUCACAGCGCACUUCGCACCCUGGCAUUCCCGAUACGCCCAUCGACCGCGAACAAGCGCUCGCACAGAUCAGGGCGCGACGAGGCCGUACCCACAGCAAGCAGCGAUCAGUCAGUGCCAGCGAACCUGGCCGCGUAGCUCGCACCUCAGCGGGAUCCAACCCGACCACUGCUCGGGGACCUCGACGCCUUCCUAACCCCAAUCUUCGGGCCGAUUCAAGGGCCGAAAACGAACUCGGUGAACGCCGAGAUAUGAGUGCUCCUGUUCGGAUGUUCCGACGUUAA